UAUUUGUGAUUGUGGUCUCUCACAACAUUCAUUCAUAUCUCAAGUACUGACUCUUCCUCAUGGGUCAAGCAAGAAACAAUAUUCUCAUCAAAAUGUUACUCUUUCUUCUCAAUCUACUCAGAAUCAAGCUACACUACUCAUCCAAACGCGUUCAAUAUCAAAAGGACAAGAUUGAUCAUGAUCCUGAUCACCGGCCCGAGAUGAAUAGUUUGCCAGCAGCAGCUCCAGCUCCUUCGCCUUGGUGGUUGGUACCAUUACCCGUCCACUGCAUAGCUGAAUCCGUGAAGAACCAACUGCCAGUGGUGCAAUACGGGGACUUUCUCAAGAUCAAAACAGGCCAAGCAGAAGCAGAAGCAGAAGAUGACUCCAACAACAACGAUCAUAUGUGUAUUGUGUGCAUGAAUAGCAUGGAAGGUAGCCAAGGGGUCAGAAAACUCUGCAAUUGUUCACAUGCUUUUCACAAAGAGUGCUUAGAUGUUUGGAUCGACGAGGGUCAGCUCACAUGUCCUCUCUGUAGAUCUGACCUAUUGCCUAAUUCCACAUCAAAAUCAAAUCAUCAUCAUCAUCACCAUAAGGAGAUGGGAGAAUUUAUUAGAGAGGAUCCAUGGAGGGUAGAGAGGAUGAUUUACUUGUUUGGUGAGGAUGAGCUAGCCUAAGCUUAUAGCUAUAGCACCAAAAC